AUGGAAAACGACCCGAACAGCACAACGGCGGGUCGCGAGACGGGUCGGUGCAUGUCGGUGGCGGCGAUGCAGGCGCUGCACCGGCUGCGCGAGUGCCGCCUUCUCUGCGACGCGAUAGUGCGCGCGGACGACGGCGCCGCCUUCCCAGUGCACCGCGCCAUACUCUCUGCCUGCAGCCCAUACUUCCUGGCACUAUUUACUACAACACUACACUCACGAGAACAAAGCGACGUGUUGAUAUCUGGCGUGCGCUCUGAGAUUCUGCUACUGCUUAUCGAGUACGCGUACUUGCGGCGAAUCGAGGUCACCGACACCAACGUACACGAGCUACUUAUGACCGCUGACUACCUCGCUUUUCUUGGCGUGCUACAACUAUGCUGUGAUCAUCUCAGAGCCUCGCUGAACCCUAAAAACUGUCUUGGUAUUAUGAUGUUUGCUAGACGCGUAUUUUGUUAUAAACUUGAGGCCGACGCUCGAAGGUAUCUGUUGCGUUAUUUCGUCACUGUUGCAACUCAAAGUGAUGAAUUUCUACACCUGCCUCUUGAAGAGCUGAAUUCCAUCAUAUUAGAGGACGAACUCAAUGUUAAGAGCGAAGAAGUAGUGUGGGAGGCCGUGCUGCGAUGGGUUAACUAUGAUCCAGAUAGCCGCUGGCAGCACACUGUGAAACUGAUGGGUAGCAUACGUCUCGGACUCCUGGAUACACAAUUUUUCUUAGAAAAUGUUAAAGACCAUCCGUAUGUCACCGGCAACGAAGGUUCAAGGCCUAUCAUUAUAGAAACUUUAAAGUUUCUGUACGAUCUGGAGAUGAUUGCUCAGCGAGAUGGUGAAGUCGCAACGCCAGAGAUUGCCCGACCUCGUGUUCCUCAUGAAGUCCUAUUCGCUAUUGGAGGUUGGAGCGGAGGAUCGCCAACGGCAUUUAUUGAAACUUACGAUACAAGAGCUGAUCGCUGGAUCAAGGUAGAAGAAGUAGACCCGGCUGGACCUCGAGCAUAUCACGGCACAGCAGUUCUAGGUUACUGUAUCUAUGUGAUCGGCGGUUUUGACGGAAUGGACUAUUUCAAUUCGUGUCGUUGCUUCGAUGCAGUCUCCAAAACUUGGCGUGAGGUGGCACCAAUGAACGCUCGCCGCUGCUACGUCUCCGUAGCGGUACUGGGCGAGACUGUGUAUGCAAUGGGUGGCUACGAUGGACACCACCGCCAGAACACCGCUGAACGAUUCAACCACCGCACCAACCAGUGGUCUCUCGUAGCACCAAUGAACGCUCAAAGAUCUGACGCUAGCGCUGCUGCCCUUGACAACAAGAUAUACAUAACUGGCGGUUUCAACGGCCAGGAGUGCAUGAACAGCGUGGAGGUGUACGACCCGGACACAAAUCAGUGGACGAACCUGGCGCCAAUGCGAUCCCGUCGUUCCGGAGUCUCCUGUAUCGCUUACCACAACAAGAUAUACGUGAUCGGCGGUUUCAAUGGUAUUUCGAGAAUGUGCAGCGGUGAGGUAUACGAUCCUGCUGCGAACACUUGGGCCCCGGUGCCUGAUAUGUACAAUCCCCGCAGCAACUUCGCCAUAGAGGUCAUCGACGACAUGAUUUUCGCCAUCGGAGGAUUCAAUGGAGUGACUACUAUCUACCACGUCGAAUGUUACGAUGAGAGGACUAAUGAGUGGUACGAAGCCACAGACAUGAACAUCUACAGGUCAGCAUUGUCCGCGUGCGUUAUCAUGGGCCUGCCCAACGUGUACGACUACAUCCACAAGCACCGUGAACGCCUAAUGGAAGAGAAGCGUCAGAAGAUCCUGCUCUCGGAGACUGCUCGCCACGGACAACACCGCACCGCGCUCCCGGAUGUUAGUAGUAACCGGCCGUGGUUGAUGCAGGUGCACCUGAUGGAGGACAAUGACGACAUGCUGGAGCAGCUGGGCCUCAUGGAAAACCAGCUGCUUCACAGUGUCAUAGGUUCUCUUGCCAUCAAACUUUUCAAUAAUUCGAAAAGCCCAUUCCGACAGUUAAGUUCCCUAAUCAAUAAGUUGUUGAAAAAAUAA